UAGAUGAAAACCUGCCAUAUCUUGGCAAAGGUGGAAUGUGUCAAGUAAAUUAUCAGGAAAAGUGUGGGCUACGGGAAAAAGAAAUACAAAUGUGUACAGUAACCAACUUUAUUUCUGUUGGACUGAAAAAAAUGAAAGUUAGUGGAUUAUAAAUGUUCCUCACAAUUCUGUUUGCACCAAACUAUCCAAUAACCCCCCCAACCCCCAGUCCAUUGUUCACAUCGGUUGACAAUAAAGUUAUCGCUGUAAAGCACAAAUGUAAAGUAUUGUGUAUGAUAAUGCUUGGUGUAUAUUUUCAGCCACACCAAAACCCUGCAUAAGAAUAAUCAAGGGAUAUAAAUUAAACAAACACAAAAAACACUGGGUCAAUGACCCAGUACCAUGACAGUUGAAUGUACAAUAAUAAAGACUUUAAAUCAGAUGACAAUGUAGCUGACACUGUGUUUAUUAGUGUGUGAUCAACCAAAACUCUUCAUACUGUCAUCCAUACAUGAGGUCUUUAUACAAAUGAUGAAAAGACAAUGAAAGAAACUGUUUAAUUGAUAUGAAAUGAUUGAAUUAUAUGAAAUAUUAUGGCUUUGUCUGCCAGAUUGUUUUUCUGUAAACUACUUUGAACUACUGGCAGUCAGUGAUGUCACUUAAAGGCAAGAUUCUAUGUUGUGUUGCCGUAGUUUCCAGAGUUUACUUAUAAAGCUCACUUACAGAACUCAGUUAGAAACCUCAAGCAUUUGAAGGACGCACAUUUGAAGGAAUAUCAACUCAUUACGGUGACAUUUUUGAUUUUAAAAGCUCUCCGAAAUGACCAAGAAAAUGGAAACAAGAAAAAGCACGACUCCAGCAGAUAAGAAAGAUUCAGAUCAAGAUUGUAAGACCAGGACUGCUAAAAGAAAGGCCAGUCCUGAAAAGAAGACCCCAAUAAAAGGAGGAGGGUCGCUGAGCAGGCUGGUCCUUCCACCAGCUCGGAUGUGGUCAAAGGAGUGAAGCGCAAGGUUGUGCAAGAUGGAGAGGGCACAACGAACCAAGCAAAGAAGGCUAAACUUCUCGACCAUAUGAGUGGUGACAAGGAGCAAGCGUCUUCCUCGCUGGACACUGGUAAAGACUUGAACAACAAACAAGUGUGUCCAAGAAAUGGUAAAAGGAAGGCCGCGGGAGACAACAGAGAGUCACCCAAGAAAAAAAAAAGGAAUGUGGACCAGGAUAAAAAAUCAGUGGCUGACCAAAAACGUGAAUUUGAAGCCAGAUACGUGGAGGAGCACCAGCUCGGAGAAGGAGGCUGCGGAGCAGUUUUUGCUGGCUACCGGAUAGAAGAUCGUUUUCCAGUUGCCAUCAAACACAUUCCCAGAAAUAAAGUCUACUGCAAAGUGGCGGAUGAAAAUGGGAAGAGGCUCUCUGUGGAAGUGGCCAUUAUGCUGAAACUUGCAGGUGAAGCAGAAGGGUCAGUAGGAACAUCAGCACCUGUGUCCUUGCUGGAGUGGUUCAACCUUGGCAAAGAACUGAUCCUGGUGCUGGAGAGACCUGUCCCGCUGUGUGGACCUGUCAUUCUGAAGCAACUAGUUGAUGCUGCAAAGGAACUUGAGGAUAAAAACAUCUUUCAUCGGGACAUCAAGGGAGAAAACAUUCUGAUUGAGACCGGCUCAGAUGUGCCUCGUGUUCGCAUCAUUGACUUUGGACUGAGCUGCUUUGUUAAGCAGCGAUCUCUGUACUCCUCUUCACACCCUCCCGAGUGGUACAGGAGGAGCUGCUACAGGUGUGGACCCACCACGGUGUGGCAAAUGGGAGUGGUGCUGUAUGAAGCGGUUCAUGCACGGGACUUUGAUACCGAGAGGUUCCUCAGCAAGAAACUGAGCAUCAAAAAGCGUCUGUCCACAAAAUGCCGGAAUUUCUUGGAAGCAUGCUUAACUAAAGUCCCGGAGAAGCGCCCAACACUGGAGGAGCUCCAGCAUCACCCCUGGCUAAGAUAA